AUGGCCGCCGCCGCCACCAGCCCGCUCGCCCACUCCGCCUCCCGCCGCCACCCGCGCCAGCACCAGGACAUCGCCGAGCCGCCCCCGCUGCCGGCCCCCAGCCUGCCCACGCUCAAACACACCCUCCCGGUCCCCCCCCUGGCCACGCUCACCCCGGCCAGCAUCGCCGCCGCCAGCCGCUGGCUCGUCACCUUCGCCCUCAUCAACUUCGAUCUCGACGAGGGCCCGGACUUCGACAACUGCUAUCCGCCCGUCCAGUUCACGCCCGCGCAGAUGGCCAACAUCGCCUUCUCCUCCUUCCCCGACUGUGCCAAGAGCGGCAGCCUGCUCUUCAGCUGCAGCCCCCAGGAACCCUUCGCGCUCACCAAACCCACCCCCGCCAGCGACCUGUGCGGGUACGUCUACUUCGUCCAGGAACGCGACCCCGCCGUCCCCAGAGGCUACAACCAGCGCUCCAUCGUCCUCAUCACCCAUCUGCCCGACUACGCCGGCCUGUUCUCCACCCUGGUCUCCCGGCUCGGCCCGCUGUAUGCGAGCCAAGGCGCAAAGAGCCUCGCCACGGCCUUCGCCAACAUCGUCUCAUGGCCAGACCCGACGCCGGGGGCCGACCUGGAGCUGCGCUUCUUGGGCCAGGACCACAAGUUCAUCAUCCCGCUGCCCAACCAGGCCCAGAUCCCGGACCCCAAGACCGCCUUCCCGCUGCUGAAGGGAGGCGCCCACCGCAGCGUCCAGUUCACGUCCAACCCGCUCGACUACCAUGUCCUGGCCUCCAACCCGACCACCUAUCUGAGCUACAUCAUGUUCGGAUCCACGCCCUCCUCCUCCCUCGCCCCCGCCUCCUCCGCCGCCUCAUCGUCUGCCGCCGCCGCCUCCUCCUCCCAGCUCAACCCGCUCUCCACGCUCUCCGUCUCCGACCUCUGGCUCCUCUGGGAAAUCCUCAUCCUCGCCGAGCCCCUCGUCGUCUUCGGCGCCACCCCCGACAUCGUCUCCGACACCGUCCUCCACCUCAAAAACCUCAUCCGCCCCAUCCCCUUUCAUGCCAACUGGCGGCCCUACAUCACGAUCCACGACCCCGACUUCGGCCUGCUGUUCGGGAAGAACAAAGCGCGCGCCGUGGGCCUGAUCGGGGCGACGAACCCGAUCAUCCUGACGGCAACGCAUGCGUGGCCGAACGUGCUGAGUCUGAGCCAGCAGGGCGCGAGUCUCAACCACCACAUCGGCCUGCUCACCGAGCGCAAACGCGUCCUCCACAAGAACAAGACCGUCGUCAAGCAGCUCCUGCUCUGUCUCGAGCGCAAGGACUACCACCAUGCCGACAUCGUCAUCUCGCGCCACUUCUCCGUGCUCACCGAGCAGUUCCUGCAGCCCUUGCAACGCUACUUCACCACCCUGCUGCCGACGGCCGAAGGCGUAGGCAACGAGCCCCGCCGGACGGGCACGUUCAACUCGGAGCUCUUCCUCAAGUCGCUGAAGGAGCACACCACGGCGCUCGAGUUCCGCUCCCGCCUGAUGGCCGGCUUCACCGCCAGCGCGCUCUCCGCCCCCGGCGGCUUCUACACCGCCUUCCUCCGCUCCCCCAACUUCUCCGCCUGGCUCCACCGCCAGCUCGUCCUCGGAAACCGCGCCGUCCGCGACCGCUUCUUCGCCAACCCCCGCCCCACCUCCUGCUCUUCCUCAACCCCCCAGCAGCAACAACAACAACAACAACAACAGGAUCCCGAUGGCCACUGGGAUAGCUCUGCUGCUGAACCCCUCUCGCUUCCCUUCGUCCCCCUCGAACCCCGCCUCCCGGCCAUCAAGAAGCUCCACACCCAGUUGACGAGCAAAAAGCCCGGCUCGGCCGGCUCCAGUCCCACCGGCCCGACCGCGCCCGACCCGCGCAGCAAGCACGAGUACUCGACGAUGGCCGGGGCUUCGAAAGCCGGAGGGGCCCGGCCGGCCAGCAGCGGCUGCGUCCGCAGCGCCAGCUCCCGGCGCACCCGCUGCCCCAGCGACGCCCCCGCUUCUGCCGCGCCUGGCUCCAGCUGGACAACCCCGGACCCGCCAACGACGAUGCCCGGGCUCGCGAUCGCCGGGCUCAAGAAGAGCCGCUCCGUCAGCGCCGCCCCCCGCACCCCCCGCGCUCCCGCAGCCGCCCCCGUCCCGCCGCCCGCUUCCUCGCCCUCCUCCGACACCAACAACGACACCGCCGCUGGCGCCAGCAUGAACAACCCCGAUGGCCCCGCUGGCGCCCGUCUCUUGGCCCGCGCUCACUCGCGUGUCUCCCGGCCCGCCGCUUCCAGACCCGUCGCUUCAAGGCCCGUCGCUUCAAGGCCUGUUCUCCGGCCGCGCCACGCUUGGAGGGCGUGUGGGGACUCCGCCCAGCGCGCUUCCCUCGCGUGGCCAGCCACCCGUCCUCGUGCGUCCUUUCGUGCUUUCCUGGGCGCGGCGCGCCAUCGCGGUGGCGGGGGUGAGGCGAGGGCGUCUGUGGGCUCCUCGAAGGGUGCCCUCUCCCCUGCCUCUCCCUCGGCCAGAGCUGUUGCGAGCCCGCCCUGA